CUCCGGCAAGAGAUCCAGCGCUGUUACAGUGGAAACAGGACAACAGAGACUGGUCGAUUACACUUGAAUUACUUCUAAAUGUUUAAUUUUUACUUCUAAUAUUCGUUAAACAAGCUUAAAUGUAAGCAGUGUUUUUUAAAGUGUUUUCAUAAUUUCUUUGUAUGACAGCCUGGCCAAAAAUUAUGUCGCACAAUUUGGAAUGUUUCAUUGCGUCAUUAUUGCAAUUAAUACAAUUGACUCCAAGCACAACGCAAUAUGAUUACAAAACCUUUAACACAUUUUUAAUCAUAUUUGAAUAAAGGGUAAAGAUUAAAUUUUCAUAAUCCAGACAUCACUUUUGACCACCACUGUAUGUGCAAACCUGUAAACAGUCAAAUUUGGGAAGAGAAAGAACCAUGAGCAUCCCGUGGGAGUUUGUCAGAGCUGGGAAGCUUGAAUGCAGGGUUAAAGGUACAUUACAGCACGUCAACACAGCGUCAGAGGGGCCGUCCUCCCUCCCUCCCUCCUGCUUUCACUGCCCGCUGCACAAUGAGCCUUCCUGCCAGCUGAAUGCGGUUCAUGCACUCCAGCGCCACGAGAGGAAGUGCUGCAUGCUUUCUUUUCCUCUUUCUUUCUCAUUUCCUUCCCCUAAAUCCCAGUCCUUCUCAGUCACUCUCGCAAGCUGGUUUGCAGCAGACCGCUGGCUGUAGUGAUUUAACAAGAGAAGGAGGAGCUGCAGAAGCCGGCAGACGAGGAAAAGCCCCUUCUAGACUUCCUUCUCCAGGGCAGGAGGAAAAGAGACCCAUGGAGAACGAGUCCCUCCCUCCUCUGCCAACAUUCAGCCCGGCCGUACCGCCGUACGUGAAGCUGGGUCUGACGGUGGCGUACACCGUCUUCUACUCGCUGCUCUUUGCGUUCGUGUACGCGCAGCUGUGGCUGGUGCUGCGAUACCGACACAAGCGCUUCAGCUACCAGACUGUGUUUCUGUUCUUGUGUCUGCUGUGGGCGGCUCUGCGUGCACUGCUCUUCUCAUUUUAUUUCAGAAACUGCGUGACAGCCAACACACUGGGACCCUUCUCUUUCUGGCUGCUCUACUGUUUUCCCGUCUGCCUGCAGUUCUUCACGCUCAGCCUCAUGAAUCUUUAUUUCGCACAGGUCAUUUUCAAGGCCAAGUAUAAAUAUUCACCAGAACUUCAGAAGUACAGGCUGCCGCUGUACCUGCUGUUCCUGUGCAUCAGCAUCAUCUUCCUGCUGGUGAACCUGACCUGUGCGCUGCUGGUGAAGAUGACAAAGGCCGACACAGAGACUGUAGUGCUGGUGCGUGUGGCCAUCAACGACACUCUGUUUGUCCUCUGUGCCGUCUCACUCUCACUGUGUCUCUACAAGAUCGCCAAGAUGUCUUUGGCCAACAUCUACCUGGAGUCCAAGGGAACAUCUGUGUGUCAGGUGACUGUAAUCGGAGUGACAGUGAUCCUGCUGUACUCGUCCCGUGCGUGCUACAACUUAGUGGUGCUGGCACUGACAAAAAUCAAGAGCAUCAACUCAUUCAACUACGACUGGUACAACGUAUCAGACCAAGCAGAUCUGAAGUCGACAUUAGGUGACGCUGGUUACGUGGUUUUUGGAGUGAUUCUGUUUGUUUGGGAGCUGCUGCCCACUUCCCUGGUGGUCUUCUUUUUCAGAGUUCGUAAGCCGGCUCAGGAUCGGAGUGCAGCAGUGAUCCCCGGGCACAUGUUCUCAUCUAGAGCUUAUUUCUUUGACAACCCCCGGCGUUAUGACAGCGAUGAUGACCUCGCAUGGAGUAUCAUCCCACAAAACAUUCAAGCCAGUCUUACGCCGGACAGCUAUGACUGGAGCUCUCAGAACAACAGUUUCACCGCCUACGUCGAAAGUGAAGACUCUCGUCUAGUGCCAGAGGAGUUAAAUCCCUACUAGAACUUUCCCAUUGAGGAGUCUGAUUAUUUUGCACAUUCCCCAUCACUGUGGAGUCAGUCAUGGGUAAUAAUACAUUUCCACAGAUAUUUAUUAAGGUAUCUCAAUAUAAUACCACAGUUGGAAGCAAAACUACCAAUCAUUUUCUCUAUAAAGAAUUAAAAUCUUACCAAUGAUGUGCAGAGUUGCCGAGUGAAGUGCUGCGUUAUGUUUCCGUAGAAUUAAAUGUGAUUUCAAAAACACUACCCAUAAUCCUGGGGAGAGAUCAAUCAGAGAAGUCCCAUGAUGCACUGCAAAUUAAUUAAUCAAGUCUCCCUACUUUCCACAUACUAAUACUUGUACAUUUAAAUACUUGUAUUUGUAUUAAACAUUAGUUUUUAAAUAUCAUAAAUAUAUUUAUUUACAUAUAAACCUAAAAUAUAUUUUAUAAUCAGUGACUUUAAGUCAAUAGUUUUAUAUUGUACAGUUGUUUUUGCUUCAAUUAUUUGCAAUGCCUUAAGUAGUUCAUUGCCUCAUUAAAGAAAUUAAAUACAAUUUCUUCAUCUUUUCAUCCUAUAGAGAAAAUGAAUGGGAAAAUUCUUUUAUAAUCAAUGCUGCCAAAAAAGCAUGCGUUCAUCAUUGCGUUAUAUUCUUUAAACUUUUAGGCCAGUAGUAUUCGCCUCAGAUUCUACUCUGAAUCAAGCUAUUUUUCUGAGUUUACACUGUCAAUUAUAUACAUAAGCAUAUAUGAAUUAAUAUAUUAUGUAUACUAGAUAAGUAUACUAACAUUCUGAAACCUUUUGUUGCUCUUUUCAUGUUGCUGCUCUAUAAACAAAAUCAGCUUCUUCAUUUCAGUUCUAUUCAGAUUUAGGACACAAACCUGUUUAACAAAACUUGGCCUGAGCUGUGAAACAUCACAUGGAAAAUUUAUAUUUUUGGAGAUACACAUUUUUCUAUCGACAACUGCAUUAACAGAAUGAUAAUUUUAUGAAGAAUAAAAUAAAAGUAUUUAUUUUGAAAUUGUCAGAAUUAGGAGUUGGAUUGUUGUCCAUUGUUUUUAUAAAUACAUUUUUAGUGUUUGAUUGUACAGUUUGUAUCUUUGUUGGCUUUUGCACUCAUGUGUCACUUUGUAAGACUUUUUGUUUUCUACAUUAAUAAAAGAGAAAUGAUCAAACCCUAAGGCUGUUUUAACCACUGGAUUAGAUUACCUGCAUUAUUUCAGCAUAAAUAAACUAAUAAUGACUGAUUUUAUAGGUUAUAACAUAAACCCUUAAAAUACAUUAUCAAGUGAACAAAUAUGAUGCUGAGUAAACUUCUGACAGUAAGAGGCAGGAUGUGCUUUCUACUACGGUAAACAAUGAAAGUAAUGUUGUUCUUGCCAAUAAUAUACUCAUUCAUAUCUUUUUUUAGAUGCACACUGUAGCUGCUCGUCCAUUAUAAAAGAGUGUUGUUUUGUCUGAAGCCUCCAUUCAGUCAGACGUACAACAGAGCGCUUGGGCUCACAGUGACGUGUACUGUAAGAGCUGGCAUGUGUCUC